AUGGAAGCAACGAAAGCUAGAGUAAACAUAAAUUACGGUAUAGAUGACGUGCCACCAUGGUAUUUGAGUAUAUUUAUGGCACUUCAGCAUUAUCUUACUAUGAUCGGAGCGAUAGUUUCAAUUCCAUUCAUCUUGACACCGGCAUUGUGCAUGGAGGAUGAAGAUCCGUCUAGAGGGUUCAUCAUAUCGACUAUGAUCUUCGUCACCGGUUUAGUGACGUACAUACAAGUAACCUGGGGAUGUCGACUACCGAUUGUUCAAGGAGGAACUAUAUCGUUUCUAGUGCCAACAUUAGCAAUUUUGAAUUUGCCACAAUGGAAAUGUCCCGACAAAGAAGUUAUUAGUGCGAUGGCACUAGAAGAGAAAACGGAGCUGUGGCAAUCAAGAAUGCGUGAACUAUCAGGAGCGAUUGCUGUCUCUGCUCUGUUCCAAGUUUUUAUAGGAUAUACCGGUUUAGUUGGUAAAUUUUUGAAGUUUAUAACACCUCUCACGAUUGUUCCCACAGUAUCACUAGUAGGUAUAACAUUAUUCUCACAUGCUAGUGAAACUGCUUCCAAGCACUGGGGAAUAGCCAUUGGAACAAUGUUUCUUAUGACUCUUUUUUCACAAAUAAUGACCAAUAUUGAGAUUCCUACUUUCAAAUAUCGUAAAGGUCAUGGAUUACAGGUAGGAUGGUUUCCUCUUUUCAAACUAUUUCCUGUACUUUUGACAAUUGUAAUUAUGUGGUCGCUUUGUGCCGUGCUGACAAUAACAAGUCUGCUCCCAACAGGUCAUCCGGCACGCACUGAUGUACGAAUUAAAGUGUUACAAGAUGCGGCUUGGUUUCGAGUUCCAUAUCCAUUUCAAUUUGGAAUGCCUACAGUAACAUUGGCAGGUGUGUUAGGAAUGUUAGCAGGAGUGUUAGCUUGUACAGUAGAAUCGAUUAGUUACUACCCUACUGUAUCACAAAUGUGUAAUGCACCUCCUCCUCCUUUACAUGCUAUAAAUCGUGGAAUAGCUACAGAAGGAUUAGGAACUGUUCUUGCUGGGCUAUGGGGCUCCGGCAAUGGUACAAAUACGUUUGGUGAAAAUGUUGGAGCGAUCGGCGUUACUAAAGUUGGCAGUCGACGAGUAAUACAAUGGGCAGCUCUUAUAAUGGUGUUACAAGGUGUAUUAAGUAAAUUUGGUGCUGUAUUUAUUAUGAUUCCUGAUCCUGUAGUAGGUGGACUAUUUUGUGUAAUGUUUGGAAUGAUUACCGCAUUUGGUCUCUCUGCGCUGCAGUACAUCGAUCUACGUUCAGCUCGAAAUCUUUAUAUUCUCGGAUUGUCAAUUUUUUUUCCUAUGGUGCUCUGCUUUUGGCUCAAAGAACAUCCUGAUUAUAUUAACACUGGAAAUGACACAGUUGAUUCUACUUUAUCAGUGCUUCUUAGUACCAGUAUACUUGUUGGAGGGUGCCUUGGUUGUAUGUUGGAUAAUCUGAUUCCAGGAACAGCUGAAGAGCGUGGUUUGAUUUCCUGGGCUAAAGAAAUGUCAUUAGAAAGCACGGCUGAUAAUACGAUUAUAAUUUCUACAUUUGAAUUUCCGUGUGGCAUGCAGACCUUAAAAAGUUGGCGAUGGACACGGCAUAUCCCAUUUUUACCGACUUAUCGAAUGAAAUUAUAGGAUUAAGAAACUAAAUGUGGUAGUUACGUUUUAG